AUGGCCGACGCCGAGGCCAAGGAGCGCCUGCUCGGCCUACUGGGCUACGUCAAGGACAUGAGCGCCCCGUCCGAGAGCGAGCCCUGCAAGGACCUCGCGUCGGCGCCGAUCGUCGUCCACGAGGCCCUGCUCCGCGACGUCGCCGGCGCCGGGGCCGUCGAGUUCGAGGGCCCGUGCGGCGCGUGGCUGCGCGUGCGGCGGCCGGAGGCGACGGGCGCGUCGAGGCAGUCCGCCGCCGGCAAGCGCGGGGCCGCGGCGCGGUCGCUGUACGCGGAGCUCUUCGGCGCUCGGCAGGAGGCGCUCCGCGAGGGCCGCGGCGCGGCGCUCACGCUGGGCGUGGGCCUGCUGCGCUGGCCGGCGGCGGGCGUCGAGCACCCGCUCGUGCUCGUGCCGGCGUCCCUCGAGCUCGCGGCCGACGGGAGCUUCCUCGUGCGGCGCUUCGCGGGCGUCGGCGCGGCGCUCUGGCCCAUGCCGGGCGUCGCGGGCGCCGGCCAGAUCGUCCCGGAGCUCGAGACCUGCGGGCGCGACUACGGGCUGCUGGGCCGGCGGCGCGAGGCGCCGUCGCCCUUCGACCGGGACGCGUGGCGGCCGCUGCUGCACCGCGCCGCGCACCUGUUGGGCCCCGACGGCGUCCUGGUCGACGGGCCGCACGCGGCGCCCGUGCCCUCGAAGCCCGCCGCAGCGCCGGCGCCGGACCGGCCGACGGUGCACAACUGCGCCGUGCUCUUCUGCCGCGAGUCGGGCGCGGACCGCGCGGGCGCGCGCGACGCGGAGGCGCUCUCCGCGGCGCUCCGGCGGCGGACAGCGCCGCUGCCCGCCGCGCUCCGGCGCCUCGCGGGCGACUUCUCGGCCCCGCCGGCGCCGGCGCCGGCGGGCGUCGCGGGCCUCUGGCGGGCCGCCGCGAAAUGGUGGCGCGGGCCCGCGGCGGCGGCCGCCGCGCCCGUCUACUUCGGCCUGCCGAGCAACGACGCGCAGGCGUCCGUCGUCGCGACGCUCGAGGCCAAGGGCUGCGCCGUCCUCGUCGGGCCGCCGGGCACGGGCAAGUCCCAGACCAUCGCCAACGUCAUCUGCCACUACCUCGCGCUCGGCCGGCGCGUGCUCGUCACGUCCAAGGGCGAGCCGGCGACGGAGGUGCUGCGCAAGAAGCUGCCCGACGGCAUCCGCGAGCUCUGCGUGUCCCUGGGCUCCGGCGACGGCGGGUCCUUCCGGCGCCUCGAGGCCGCCGUCGAGUACCUCGCGGACACCGCGCCCGAGCGCGAGCUCCGAGCGGCCGCGGACCGCGCGCGGCAGCGCCACGACGCGGCCCGGGCGGAGCUCGACGCCUUCGACGCCGAGGACGCCGCGCGCGCGCGCAAGUACUUCGGCCGCUCCGACCUGGCGGCGGACCUCGGCUGCCACGCGGACCACCUCCGGCUCCUCGGCCUCAGCGAUGGCUCGUCCGCGCGCCACGCGGCCGAGGCCGUCGCGCGCGUCGGCGAGGCGCCCUUCCUCGCGGACGUCGACGUCGACCCGCGGCGGCCGCCGCCGGACCAGCGGCUCCUCGACGAGCUCCGGGAGCUGCGGGCGGCCGCGGCCGCGGCGCUCCGCUGGGAGCCGCAGCUCGUCGCCCGCUCCGCGCGCGCGCCCCUCGCGGAGCGCCUCGACGUCGGCGCCGCCCGCGACGCGGCGCAGCGGCUCCGGGAGCGCAACGACGUCGCGGCCCUCGUGCGCCGCGGCGACCUGCCGCGCGUCGUCGACGCGGCGGAAGCCGCGGCGUUGGCCGACGCGCUCGCGGCGGCGCGGAAGCAAGUCGAGGCGCUCGAGGCCCUCGACGGCCGGCGGUGGCUGCUCCGGCUCCUGCGCCGCGCCGACGACGACCGCGCGGCGGCGGACGUCUGCGCGGCGGCCUGGCUCGCGGGCCAGCUCGCGGCGCGCGCGGGCCGCGCGGCCGCGGCGGAGACCGAGGUGCCGCCGGUGCUGCUGCGCAUGGUCUCGGCGGCGAAGCUCGACGCGCCGCUCGCCGCGCCGGCGGACGACGACGACGACGCGGCCGUCGCGGCGGCCGUCGUCGGCGCCAACGACUUCUUCGAGGAGGUCCGGUGGCGCGCGCUGAGGCCCGACCGGCGGCCGUUCCUCGCGGGUCUGGUCCGCGCGCGGCCGACGGCGACGCUCGCCGCGGAGCUCGACGAGAUCACCGUCUUUGGGCGGCGGCCCAAGACGCCCAACGAGUGGGAGCUCGUGCUCGCGCGGCUCGUGCUCCGGGGCUGCGCGGAGCGGUUCCGCGAGGCGCUCGCGCGGCUCGACGGCUACGCGCGGCGGGGCGAGGGCGCGCCGCCGACGCCCGGCGCGGCCGUGCCGGCGCCGGCCGACGGGGGCGACGACGCGCUGCUGGCCGCGCGCGCGCGCGACGACCUCGCGAAACCGCUCCGCGAGCUCGCGCGGGCCUUCGGCGCCGUCGGCGGCCUGUCGAGCGGCGCGCGGCGCGCCUGCGCGUCGCCCUUCGGGGCGGACCUGGCCGACGCGGCGGCGCGGGGCGCCGCGGCGCUCGACGGCGAGCUGCGGCUCCUGCGGCGCGCGCUCAAGCCCGCGACGUCCGCGGACGCGCGCGACGCCGCGGAGCUCCAGGCGGCGCUUCUGGCGGAGCUCGGCGAGGCGCCGCGGGCCGGCGACGACGACCCGUCGCCCGUCGACGCCCUGCGAAACGCGACGGCGGCGCUCGGCGGUUUGGAGACGUCCGUCGACGACGGCGUCCGGGAGUGGCGGCGCGCGCGCGCGGCGCUCCGGGAGGCGCGCGCGGCGCUCGGCGACGUCGACAAGCUGCGCGCCUUGGCCAGGGCGAAGCUCGCGCGCAUCGCGCCGGCCUGGGCGAAGCGCGUCGUGGACCACCGCCUCGGGCCGGACGUCGACGCCGUCGCGCCGCGCGACGCGCGCGUUUCCUGGGCCGCCGCGGCCGUGCGCAAGGCCCUCGGUCGCGCCCUGGAGCGCGACGGCGUCCUCGACGCGGGCCGCGCGGGCGCCGGGCGGCGCCUCCUCGCGCGGCGCGACGACGCGGUCCGGUCGCUCGUCGCCGCGGUCGCGCGGCACGCGCUCCGGGGCGCGAUGGCGCCGGAGACCUGCGCGGCCCUCGUGCGCCUCGUGUCCGCCGUGGCCGCCGCGGGCGCGACGGCCGGCGGGUCCAAGGAGAGCGUGCGCGCCGCGCGGCACCGCGAGGAUCUCGCGAGCGCGAUGGCCGACUGCUCGGACGCGGUGCCCUGCUGGAUCAUGCCCACGUACCGCGUCUCGUCGUGCCUGCCGGCGACGUUGGCGUCCUUCGACCUCGUGGUGUUGGACGAGGCGUCCCAGUCCGACGUCGCCGCGCUGCCCGCGCUGCUCCGCGGCGCGCGCGUGCUCGUCGUCGGCGACCAGAAGCAGGUGUCGCCGACGUCGGCCUUCGUGUCGGAGGCCGCCGUGCGCGACCUGAAGCGGAGCCUGCUGGCGUCGGGCCACCCCUUCGUCGAGCAGGUGCUCCCGGGGCGGUCCGUCUUCGAUUUGGCGCAGACGUGUUUCGCCGACGCGCGCUGCGCGCUGUCGCACCACUUUCGCUGCGUGCCCCAGUGCAUCGCCUUCUCCAACGCCCAGUUCUACCACGACCGGCUCCUGCCGCGGCGCCUCCCGCCGCGGUCCCAGCGGCUCACGCCCGCGCUCGUCGACGUCAAAGUGCCGGGCGGGAAAAAGAAGGGCAAGACGAACGAGGCCGAGGCGGCGGCCGUCGUCGCCUACCUCGCGGCCCAGCUGGCGCCCGGCGGCGAGCUCGCGACGCGCGGCGCGUCGGUCUGCGUCAUCUCGCUGCUCGGCGUCGAGCAGGCGCGGUCCAUCCGGAGGCGCGCGCUCGAGGCGCUCACGGCCGCGCAGCUCGCGCGCCACGACGUCGUCGUCGGCGACCCGGCGUCGCUCCAGGGCGACGAGCGCGACGUCGUGCUCCUGAGCCUCGUCGCCUCGCCGAAGGAGGCGCCGGCGCAGGUGGGAAGGCUCUACGAGCAGCGGUUCAACGUCGCGCUGAGCCGCGCGCGCGACCGCGUCGUCCUCUUCCGGAGCCUCGAGCUCAAGGACGUGCCCAACGCCGACGACCUCAAGCACCGCACGCUCGCCUUCUUCCAGCGGGCGGCGGCGGCGCGGCCGCCGCGCGCCGCGCCGCGGCGGUCGCCGUCGGACGCGGCGCGCGACGACGCGCCCGGCGCCGUCCUCCGCUUCCUCGAGGCGUCGGGCUACCGCUGCGACGACCACUGCAGCAUCGCGGCGUCGACGGCCGUCCUCGAGGACGCCCUCGGCGAGGACCGGCGCAUCUGCGUCUGCGUCGACGGCGCGGGGUCGCUCGACGACCACCUCGCGGCCGUCAAGGAGCAGCGCGUGCUCGAGCGGAGCAACUGGGUCUUCGUGCGCCUCUGGACGGCGACCUGGGUGCUGGACCGCGAGGCCUGCGAGCGCAAGCUCGCGCUCGCCUGCAUUGACGCGGGCGUGCGGCCGCGCGGCGCCGCGGCGCCCGCGCGCGCCGCGCCGCCGCCGCCGCCGCCGGCCGCGCCGCCCGCGCCCGCGCCGAUGGACGACGACGACGACGACGUCGUGAUCCUCGACGCGCCGCCGCCCCCGCGCGCGGCGCCGCCGAAGCGCAAGCCCGCGAAGCCCGCGGCGACGCAGGGCCCCAAGGCGAAGAAGCCCAAGUCGGCGCCGAAGGCCGCCGCCGCGAAGCCGAAAAAGGCCGCGAAGAAGCGCCGCGCCUCCGACGACGACAGCGACGGCGAACGUCGAGCCAUGACGGGCGGCCACCAGAGAAUGGCCCUCGCGUUCGCCAUCGCCGCGUCCGCGCUCGCGCGGCCCGUCUGCCGCGACGAGCACGCGGAGUGCGCCAACUGGGCGCGCCUCGGCGAGUGCGACGCGAAUCCGAACUACAUGCACGAGUCCUGCGCGCCGGCCUGCGGCACCUGCGGGUCGCGCGUCGACGCUCUGGGCUUCACGGUGGACCUCUGGGCCGAGGAGAUGAACGGCCACGACCGCGACACCUUCGCGAACAACGCGCGCAUCAACCGGGACCAGCCGCCGACGGUGCCCGCGUUCACCGACGUCGGGUUCGCCGUCCGGCCCAUCCCGCGGGACGUCCACGCGGCGCUCCUCGCCGCGCGCGACGACAAGGUCCGGACCCAGGUGAACGACGCGUGCCGGGCCAUCCUCGAGGCGUGGAUCGGCCCCAAGUGGGGCGGCCUCGUGCCGACGUCCGUCUACGGCAUCCGGCGCUACACGAACGGGUCGACGCUCCAGGCGCACGUCGACGUCGUCGCGACGCACGCGGUCAGCGCGAUCCUCAACGUGGACCAGGACGUCGACGAGGACUGGCCGCUCCAGAUCCGGGACCACGGCGGCGACGUGCACGCGGUGGUCAUGAAGCCCGGCGAGAUGGUGCUCUACGAGUCCAGCAAGAGCAUCCACGGCCGCCUCGUCCCGCUCAACGGCGCGUCCUACGACAACAUCUUCGUCCACUUCCGGCCGCGGCUCGGCUGGGACCGGUUCACGGGCGUGCCCAACGGCGCCGCCCUCGCUCACGACACGUGCCUCGAGUUCGAGCUCCCCCGCGGCGCCAUCGCCAAGGCCGUGGCCAAGUGGUUCGACGGCGUGGGCAAGGACGACCGCGUCCACGCGGCCAUCGCGCGCGCCGGCGGCCUCUUCAGCCUCUACCUGACGGCGGCGGCGGUGCAGAUCUGCAAGGACAACAAGCGCCAGACCAUCUCGCCCCAGGACGUCGUCGUCGCGCUCAAGUCGCUCGACUUCGACAAGGACUUCGUCGCCGAGUGCGCGGGCUUCCUCGAGCGCGACCGCGAGCAGCGGCCCAAGCACGCGCCGACGCUCAAGAAGUACCGCGGCGUCUACCAGGGCUCCAUCAACGCCUGGUACUCCCAGAUCUCCAUCGCGGGCCAGCCGAUCCACCUCGGCUCCUUCGCCGCGCCCGAGGACGCCGCGCGCGCCUACGACCGCGCGAUCUGGUCCAAGCUCGGCACGGCCGCCGCGAGCCUCCUCAACUUCCCCGACGACAUCCCCGAGUCCCUGCCCUACCUCAAGGAGCAGCUCAAGGAGCAGGAGGCCGCAAAGGCCGCGGAGGCCGCGAAGGCAUAUGGGUUGAACAAGCAGUUUUUUGGUGGUGUCAGCCUGGGCAGCAUGGAUGCCGAGACGCCGCUGGUCGUGAGGCCGGAGAAGAAGGGGCCCAUCGCGCCGGAGGCCGCCGCGCCCCCGCGGCGCCGCGGCGUCGCGCCGGAGGCCGCCGCGGCCCCGCGGCGCCGCGGCGUCUGGAAGGCGAGCCUCGUCGCCGUCGCCGUCGUCUUCGGCGUCGCCGCCGUGGGCUGGUCGCGCCAGGGCGGCGACGACUUCGAGUUCCGGCUCGUCGGCGUCGACGACGACUUCGAUACGGGCCUGCCCGGCGGCGCCUGGGGCGAGAAGCUCUACGAGUGCAAGAACGGCGAGCCCACGGUGCCCAAGGAGUACAAGAAGGGCGACUGGGGCUCCAUCGCCGGCGACUGGUACGUCAUCGCGGGCAACGUGCCGCGGUCCGACAACGCCGUCGGCUCGUGCCCGCAGAUGAAGUUCGAGCUCCCGGACAAGGGCGCCCACGUCAUGAACCAGGAGAUGAUGUACACGUCCGAGGGCACGAACUACUGGUGGAACUACACGGGCAACUACCAGCUCGACGACUACAAGGGCGUGUGGAAGAACGAGGAUGGGGACGGCACGAACACGGACAUGUACUCGCGCUUCUGGAGCUCCGUCUUCGCCGUCGGGACCUACAAGGGCGAGAAGUGGUUCGGCUUCUACUUCUGCGGCCCCGCGGUGACGAUCACGCGCAAGGGCAUCCCGUGGAUCCUCAAGGAGUCCUACGAGUACGACAAGAAGUUCGAGAAGCUCGUCAAGAAGGCCAUGGUCGCCGCCGGCGUGCUCAAGGACGGAGACGUCUACUACUACAAGCAGGAGGCGAGCUGCGACUACACCUGGUUCCACACGGGCGACGACGUCGAGAGCAUCCACGGCUCGCUGGUCCAGUACUACGAGGAGCGAAACGAGACGACCACGGAGGACAACUCGAGGAGUACGCAGUAA